UUUGCUAACUUGUGCAUUGAUGAGAAGGUUAUUGAAAUACAAUUCAGAGAAAGAUUUUCAACACACAACUGUGUCAUUUCCUUUCCUUGUGGGCCAGAUGCUGAAAUACUAUGUGAUAAAGAUUUUAGGUUUCAAUUGUAAAGAGAGGGAAGCGGAUAAAUCAGUGCUGCCUUCCAUACCAACAAUGACCAAAGAGGUGAUGGAGAAACAGAGGCUCUGCCCUCUUGAACCAGAGGAUGCUGACUGCUCCUCAGAAUCAGUGAAAUUUGAUGCACGUUCAAUGACAGCAUUGCUUCCUCACAACACUAAAAAUGGCUCCACCCUUCAGGAGAAACUGAAGUCCUUCAAAGCUGCCCUCAUUGCUCUCUACGUCUUUGUGUUCGCAGUACUAAUACCUGUUGUUGGAAUAGUGACAGCUCAGCUUGUGAAUUGGCAAAUGAAGAACUGCUUAGAUGGUUCAGUUAAUACAAGCGAUACAUCUCAAAGUCUGAUUGGAAACGAAAACACCAGUAAAGCAGAAAUGAAAUUUACAAAUGCCAUGGAACGCGUGAAGGACAUGGAGGAGAGAAUCCAAAGCAUUGCAGACUCAAAAGCCGACCGUAUAGACAUGGAACGCUUCCAGAAUUUCAGCAUGGCAACCGACCAAAGACUUAAUGAUAUUCUUCUGCAGUUAAAUUCCUUGAUUUCAUCAGUCCGGGAACAUGAGGAUUCACUGGAUAUAAUCUCCAAGUCCUUGCAGAGUCUGAAUACAACACUGCUUGAUGUGCAGCUUCAUACAGAAACACUGAAUCUCAAAGUCCAUGAAUCUACAAUGAAGCAACAGGAGGGCAUCAGUAAGUUGGAAGAACAUGUGCACAAAAUAUCAGCAGAAGUGCAGUCUGUGAAAGAAGAACAAGCACAUGUGGAACAGGAAGUAAAACAGGAAGUGAGAGUAUUGAACAACAUCACCAAUGACCUCAGACUGAAGGACUGGGAACACUCACAGACACUGAAAAAUAUCACCUUAAUUCAAGGGCCCCCUGGACCCCGAGGUGAAAAAGGAGACAGAGGGAUUACUGGAGAAAGUGGUCCACCUGGUGCUCCAGGCUUAAGAGGUCUUCCAGGUAUUAAAGGUGAUCGGGGACCACCUGGCUUCCCAGGAGGUCGAGGAUACCCAGGAGCACCAGGAAAGGCAGGGAGGUCAGGAUUUCCUGGACCUAAAGGACAAAAGGGAGAAAAGGGGAGUGGAGGCAUAUCAAUAUAACUCCUUUAUCAUAUUGGGGCAAGACCCUUUUAAGAUCAGCUGGGAUGGGCAGAGCACUCUACUAUCAUCUCCUUUAAAGACCUUUCACCUUUGGACAAGUCAUCAGCACAAGUGACUUCUGGAAUCCUUUGGCAACUCCUUCACCUGGCAUUCGUUCCUGUGUCAUAUCAUGCCUGGCUUCUCCAUGACUUCCUCUUCUGACCCUGGGUGCUGUUUGGGCUUCCAUUGCCAUAAGUACAUCAUCAUGCACUCUGCUACAAUGGCUCCUAUCCCCUAGCACCCUUUUCCUAGAUGCCUCCCAGACCUUCUGCUAUUUCCCUCACUUAACUGUGCAGCAUCCCCUUGGAUUCUAGGGAAAACAUAAUUGAAUAAUGAUUGACUGAUAUUGGUUCUUGAAAUGUAAGGUAUUGUCCUCAAAUACAAAUAGGGAUGGGAAUGAAGCUAUGGCCACCACUCACUGACUCAUUCAGCAUAAGUUCAUUGUGUACCAAAUGGAGCAAGACUCAACAGCUAUAUAUUUUUUUUCUAACUUUAUAAGACUAAUACCUCUAGGAGAUACAAAUAGACCAGUAAUAAACAAACCAGAGAGAGCUGUCCCAGGAAAAGAAUAGAGCUAUAUAGAUAUUGAGAGGAGAUAAAUAAUUUUAGUACUCUAGUAUAUUUAAAAAAUAGCUUUAUUUUUAUUUCUUGUUUCACUUUCCUACCUUCUUAUUCCCCAAAUCAAAGCAUAUAUAUAUAUAUAUAUAUAUAUAUAUAUAUAUGCUAUGUAUGAUAAUCUAUAUAUGAAAGAGAAAGAUAAAAAUUGAACUUUUAUAAUUUCAUAUUUGAAUGACAACCAAACUUUACUUCAAUAAUUGCUUAUUGAUUUCAAACAAAAACAUUUUGUUCAUAAAGAAAAAGCAAUGCUUAUUUUUAUUCUAGAAAGCUCUUUAUAUUUGUCUCCCUUUUAUAUUUUAAGUAUAUAUACUGGAAAAUAAAUAUGGCAUUAGAAAUGGAAAUAUUUUGCAUAAGUUAUAAUAAGGAAGAGAAUACAAGAGAAUAAAAGAAAACAAAAUGCAGGAAUAAUAAUGAUAUUCUAUUCCAUUUUGUUUCCAUGCUGUUUCCUCUCUGUGAGUGCACAGAGCAAGUUUUUGAGUACUUUCCUUUCUACUUUAACACUAAACCCUAAGGUCUGCAGCAUUUAGAUAGUAGCAGAUUCUUAAUUGUAUGCCUGUAUAUAUCUCACUUUUCCUCUUUUAUGCUGUGAUAAUGAUCAUGUCAAUUCCUACCUCACAGGGUUGUUGUGAGGACCAAAAUAUGUGUGAAGAUCUCUGUAAAAUCAUGAAGACCUUUAAAAUUUUAAGAAUAGUUCACAACAGUCUUUUUGAACAUUGCUGGUUUUAUACAGACAUGUUAAAUCUCUAAUCAUAUAAGAACUUCAAGAAAAACAGAAAUGCCAGGAGCCAAAUGUAUGUCUUGGAUUAAAAAGAGGAAUAUUGUUGAAUAAGACAAGAUUUCUGUGUUAUAUGGAGCAAUGCAUGUGUGCCCAGAACACAAGUCAGUGAAUUUGUCUUAACAAAGCAGGAGAGUGUUAGUUAUAAGGAAGAGAAGAGCCUAAACCAGAGGUCAGAUGUGUUGACAGAGGUCGGAACAAAAUGUCAAACUAAUAAAACGAAUCUUGGCUAUGCAGGACAGAACCUGAGCCCAAGACAUUUCUGUCGAGCACAUUCUAAGUAGGAUAGCAACAAAUUGGUACUGCUACUGGUACAAGGUUGUAUAUCUGCCUUCCUGCCUCCAAGAUAUGAUGAAAUAUGGCCCUGAGGAAAAAGAAAGGUAGAGUUAGCCAGUGAUUCUGUGAGUUUGAAGUAUUACAGGACUAGUUAUUUUGUGCAAACAUCUAAAGAAACUUGGAUUUGUGCCUGUGGCUUAAUUGACCUGUACUAUGGAGUGUGGGUGACUUUUUUCUUGUGCCCAAGGCAUUGCUGUAGACAAUUUUGGCUUCAUACAGAAUGACCCUAAUCCCAGAUAUGCUGGCAGACAAAUCAUAGGAAUUCAGUUCAUAAGUCAUUUUAAAUCCAAAACUACACAUAUAUGGUUAAAUGUGGAAUAUUACCCUGAACUUUCCAAAUUAGUGAAGAAGGAUCUGUUUUUCUCUUUAGAUAAAAAUAGAUGCUGAAUGCCCUGUUCAAAAGUAUCAAUUAUCCCACCUUUUAUAGUGUAUAAUGAAAAGUGAAAAUGCUAUGUUCUGUUGCCAUGCUAACUAGAAAGGGUGUUUCAAUCAAGCAAGGAAACCGUGUAAGUAAACACCGUGAGGGUGAGGCACUAUUCAGAAGAGUGCUGUUGCUUAUCUGUGGUGUGUCAGCAUGUUUUGCUGGUGAUCAAGAAGAGAGAUAGGAUGUGAAUUUUGGGCAUCUUCCUUUGAACCUUAUACAAUGAUAUAAAAAAAAUGUAUUUGCUUUGAUUUAUCCUAAAAACUCAACUGGAUCUUAAAUAAACUUCUGGUCUUUCUUAAAACAUUCAAUUGAUUAAAGUUAAACCCUUCCCCAUCACUAAUUAUAAUAAUGGAUAUUCAGAGGACACUUGGUGAGUACCAGGUGCUUUUCAUGCAUUUUUAAAUCUAAUACUCAAAAUACCAGUGGGGUAAAUGUUAUUACUAUCAACAUUCAAUAAACUAGAAUCUAAGAUUAACUGCUAAAAAAGGAAAACAGCACAGAUUCAAAGCUAUACCUCUGUUUCCAAAUUCUGAUGACUCCGUGAAAUGCUUCCAAACCAGUCAAGUAUUUUAUGCAUAUAAACCCUAAAAAUAUUGACUAUAGAAGUGGACAGAGAGUAGAUUGGCAAUUACCCAUACUAUUUUCCAGAAUGAGCCUUAUAAUUUAAAGAUAUCAAGGGGAUAAAGAUGUACAGAUUAGGUCAAAUUCCAGAAGUCUACUAUUGAGUUAUCUGUGUUUAUGUUCUGCCAGAAUAACUACUGUGUGUAUUGCUGGUGCUCCCCACCUCGAGUCUAUUACUCAGACACAUCAUCUUCCUGGAAGUGCUCUCAAGACUUCCAUUAUCACUAAUGAGAGUUACUUACGUGCACCUUGGGAAGAGCUACCUGCUAAUGCUCUAUCUUUAUUUCAGUAACUGACUCAGUUUUCGCACUUUUCCAUUUCUCUCACUGCUUUGAUGCCUCUUUGCACUUACUGUGUCUUCUUUUUCUUAAUUUCAGAGUGUGCUUUUCACAGUAGCACUAGUUAUGAGCCAGCAAAAUAGGCUCCAGGACACCUGAGCAGGAACAGCUCUCAAUAAAUUAGACAAAUGCUACCAAAUUA